AUGGCCGACAAAACUAUGCCUAUAUUUGUUCCAUCAGAAAAGCCUUUAAAAGUCGUAAAAUGGAAAGCUAAAGAAGGUGCUUUUGUGUCAUAUGGUCAAAUAUUAUUUUUAUACAGCGAUUCAUCAGGCAAGAAUAGUGAACUAAAGAAAUUUAAGUCGACUCGCGCUGGUACUAUUGUAACCAUCAAGGUGAAAGAAGGAGACGUCGUAGAGCCUGGAGGAUGUAUAGCAGAUUUAGAAGGAUGUCGUCAUCCAACGGUAAUGAAAGAAAUGUGUGCAGAAUGCGGUGCCGAUUUACGCGUCGACGAGGUUCAAAUACAUGACGCUGCAGUGGUUCCUAUGGUGCAUUCUGUACCAGACCUGAAGGUAUCUGGAGAGUUAGCCCAAAAGUUAGGCAGAGAAGAUGCUAAUCGUUUGUUGAAGGAUCGCAAACUGGUUCUCCUUGUUGAUCUUGACCAAACAUUAGUCCACACUACCAAUGAUGACUUACCUCCCAAUUUGAAGGGAGUAUUACAUUUUUUCCUCCGAGGUCCAGGUAACCAAGGGAGAUGGUGUCAUACAAGACUUAGGCCAAAAACAGAAGAAUUUUUAGAGUCUGCAUCAAAGAACUAUGAACUGCAUGUUUGUACAUUUGGAGCUAGGCAAUAUGCACAUGCGAUUGCAGAGCUAUUAGAUCCACAAAAAAAGUACUUUUCACACAGAAUUUUAUCUAGGGAUGAAUGCUUUGAUGCUAGAACAAAGUCUGCUAACUUAAAAGCCUUAUUCCCUUGUGGAGAUAACAUGGUUUGCAUAAUAGAUGACAGAGAGGAUGUAUGGAGGCAUGCAAGUAAUCUAAUACACGUCAGGCCUUAUUCAUUCUUUCAGUGCACUGGAGAUAUUAAUGCACCACCCCCUUUAUUUAUCACGGCUGAAGAAAAAUCUAGACUGCCAUCCGGUAAAAAUGGCUCGCAACAACCAGUGAGCAAUCAAAUGCCCUCAUUAGAUAUUGGACCUGACAAAGAAAAUCAAGAAACAAAAAUAGAACAGAGUGAAGUUAAAUUGGUUGAAGGGGAUAACGGAAAGGUUAUUACAAAAGAGAACAAAACAGACAGUAACGACAAGAAAAAAACAAAAGAAGAUGAAGAUGCAGACAAAAAUGAACAAAAAAUUAAUGUAGAUGAAAAAUUAGAUGAUGACAAGAACGAAGGCAAACGAAAAACUAUAGAAGAUGCAAAAGUUAAAGAUAAAAAUGUAGAAGUUCUUAAAAAAGAUGAAAUAGAAGUUGAUAAUGAAAAAAAUCAAAAAGAGGAUCAUAAAGCAAGUGAUAAUGAAAAAAAUAUUGCAAAUAAUGAUAAAGCUGAUGUUAUAAGUUUAUUACCUUAUAAUGAAAGUGAACAAGAAAAACCAAUGAUUAACCCCAAUGUGCCGGUGUGGGUAGAAACUGCUGAUGGGCAGAUAGAAGUGGAGGAUGCAGAUGAUUAUUUAAUAUAUUUGGAUGAUAUAUUAAAAAGAAUACAUAAAGAAUUCUAUAAUAUAUAUGAUAGUAUGGGAAAAUAUCAAAUACCAGACCUUAAGUUUAUAAUACCUGAAGUAAAAAGCAAAGUGCUGGCUGGUGCGAGUUUGGUGUUCAGCGGGCUGGUGCCUACUCACCAGAGAUUGGAAACUUCGAGAGCUUACCAAGUAGCUAGAAGUUUAGGAGCUGAAGUCACUCAGGACUUCACUGAAAAAACUACUCAUUUGGUUGCAGUUCGUUCAGGUACAGCAAAAGUGAAUGCCAGUCGAAGGAUGGGUGACAAUAAAAACAAAGUAAAUGUAGUGACACCAGAAUGGCUUUGGACUUGUGCUGAGCGCUGGGAGCGAGUCGAUGAGCGACUAUACCCUCUGCAACGAGGUGGACAGAGCAGCGCUCGCCGGCCUCCCGCUCACUGCAGCAGCCCGCCACCGCCGCCGCUGCGCAAGCGCACGCCCUCGGGCCGCUUCAUGGACACCAUCAACCCGCUGCUGUCCUUCUCCAGUGAUGACAUCGCUGAUAUGGACAGAGAGGUGGAGGACAUAUUCAAUGAAUCUGAUGAAGAUUCAACAGAUGAUGAGAAAAAACCUCAAGAUGAUGUUGAUGAUGAAGAAAACAUGUCUGAAGAUAGGCUUUUAAGUCUAGAAACAAUCAAAAGUUCCCAAGACAGGUUACAAGAAAAAGAUGAAGAUGAACACUCAAGUGAUUCCAAUACAGAAGAUGGUGAGAGACCUAGAAAGAGGCCAAAACCUUCAACACCCACAUCCGAUGAUGAUGACAGUUCAUGGAACCUCAUGGGUGCGGCCCUUGAAAGAGAAUUUCUUGCACAGGAC